AUGGAGCAGCCGCAGCAGCAGCAGCAGCACCUUCUACAUUUUUCCCAUUCAAACCAUCCCUUGCUCUUCGAACAAGACAACAAAUUUGGACUUACUUGUUGUGGGUGCCAAGAAUCAGUUUAUGGCCCUACCUACUCUUGUCGAGAAUGCAGUGUGUUGUUUUGGCGGGAAUUCGUUCAUCAUAAAUCAUGUGCAGAAUUGCCACUUGGGUUGCACCAUCCCUUGCACCCAAUCCAUCCUCUCAUUCUCUUUGAUGAAAAGACACAUUAUCCUGAACAAGAAGAAGAAGACAAACAAAAGACCAAAUGCCAAGUCUGCAAUGAAUCUCGCCGACAAUACACUUAUCGCUGUUACCGCUGCGACUUCAACCUUCACGCCACAUGUGCUUCCUUACCGCCCACCAUCAAAUCUUCUCAAGUCCACCACCACCCAUUAACCCCCUUUUGGAAGUGGAUGUCGUUCACUUGUGACCUUUGUGCCAAAAAAGUCAAAGGUAUACCUAAUCAGUGUGCCCUGUGUAGUUAUUGCGUUCAUAAUACUUGUGCUUCUUUGCCGCGCACACUCAAAGUUGAAUAUCACAGGCACCCCCUCCACCUCACCCAUUCUUCUCUUGAAGUUGAACUCCAUCAAUCCGACUUCCGAUUUUGUCAGCGCUGUGCUCAAAAAGUGAACACAAACUCUGGGUUUUACUAUUGCUCCAAAUGCAAUUUCGUUGUCCAUCUCGAUUGUGCUGUGGACUACAGAUAUAGGGAGAACAUAAAUUUGCUGAAAUUUAAAGAGGAGGAGAAUGAAGAUCCAGAGAUUGUUGACUUGGAAGCUUACAAAGUCAAAAAUAUGAAAGUGGGGGAGGACGGAUCUAAAAUAGCCUCAGAAAUCCAACACUUCAGUCAUGAGCAUGAGUUAAAGCUUUCGGAUGAUGAGGUACUAAAUAUUGAAAAAUGCGACGGGUGCGUACAAGCUAUUUUCCCUCCCUUUUAUAGUUGUGUAAAUUGUAGCUUCUUUCUACAUGAAUCUUGUGCUAAAUUACCAAAGAAAAAGGAACACCCUCUUCAUCAACACGUACUCACCCUUUUCCCCAAGCCACCUUAUACUUGGAAAAAUACAUUUUGGUGUUAUGCCUGUAAAUAUCGUGAUUGCUCUGGCUUCAAUUAUAGUUGUAUACCAUGCGGGUUUAGUCUCAAUGUUCCAUGUAGUUUAAUUUUAGACAUCCUUACCCACCCUGGUCAUAAGCAUCAACUUCUUCUCUCUAGCAUAGAAUCUAAACAUAAUUGUAGUUGUUGUGAUUCUAAAAUUUCCCCAAUAUUCCGUUGUACCACUUGCGAAUUUGCUUUGGACUUCAAUUGUGCUACACUACCACAAACCGCAAGGUACAAACAACACGAGCAUCCCUUCACUCUCUGUUAUACUGCUGAAGAUGACUCCGGUGAAUAUUAUUGUGAUAUUUGUGAAGAAGAGCGCAACCCUAAGCAUUGGUUCUACUAUUGUGCAUAUUGCGAGUAUCCUGUACAUCCCAAAUGUAUUCUUGGGGAAAAUCCAAUUCUCAAGUGGAGGUAUGAAAUUGUCACCGAGAAUGAUGUCACUAUACAAAUUGGCAGUGUUAUUAUGAUUGAACAUGCAGUUAAAGUGGACCCACAGGAGCAUUGGAGAUGCGGAGAGUCUUUUAGUGUCCAGUGGGGUUCAUUAAAUAUACUGGGUGGAAAUUUAGAGAAGCUAUGCUUUCAACGUCUUAUUCUCAGUUAUUCCAAUGUGGUGGAGGGAAUGUAUCUUGCUUACCGGGUGCUUGAAGAAAUGGCUGUCAUCUUUGGCACAGCUUUGGCCGCACUUAAGAUUAUGGUCAACGUAGAAGAUGCCAUAUGUGGCAGAAUAGGUUAUGCUGCACCUGAGAAUGUGGUUACAGGCUAUUUAACUGAAACGGCUGAUGUGUGUAGUUUUGGUUUGUUUCUAUUUGAGCUUUUGGCUGGAAGGAGGUUUGGCAUUUCUUGCUGUAAUGAUGAAGCCCUUCAACCAGAUUGA